UUCCCCGAAAUAAGAGUGGACACAUUUUUUGAUGAGCUCCGCGCUGAUCCAGAGAUACCCGGGGAUGCUGUGCCAACCGCCAGAAGACAGCCGAGAGGGUUUCUCCACGGAUGAAGAGCCCCUGAUUCAGCCGGAGCAACGUGACAACUUGAGACCUCACCAUAUCAUACGGAACAUCAACCAGUACGCUCGGACCAAGACGCUGGCGCAGGGCUUCCUGGACAUGGCUCUCUUCACUGCGAACGUCUCGCAGCUCAAGCACUUGCUGCAGCAAGGAGCAGCCACAGACUUCUACUACUUCCUCUUCGUCCUGCUCUGCAUUUCAGUUUUAUUGCAGCUUAUCGUGGCCGGCCUGCUGAUCUACAAAGGCUCCAUGAAUGUAGAGAACGACGACCCUGAGCGGAAGCUGAGCGACAGGAUGCAUCUGGUGAACAACUUGGCAACGGGUCUCAUCCUGGUGAUCACCGCUGUCAACGUCUUCAUCACUGCCUUCUGGUUCACGCCGCAGCCCCAAGGCAAUCCCCACUAAAUCCGCUCCGACGAGAGUCUCCGGGAAAAUCCAUAUUGCGUGUCAAAUUUAGGCCAAACAAAUUGCGCUUCGUUUGAAGUGGUCAAAGCUUGCGAAUUCAUAAGGAUUUCCGCGGGUGAAGGAUCGUGGCUUGCGAUAAGCUUGCGGGAGAGAAAUAAACGAUUGUGUUCGAGAUCCAAAUGCAGUGCGCGGAGGUCGCCGCGUGUGCCAACGUGGAAACGUCGCUGUCAGAUGGAACGGGAAGCAGAAAGGAAUUCGAUGUGAGUGAUAUUGGGAAAGAUACUCGAGGAGUGGAGCGACUAUAACGCUGCAUCAGGUUCAAAUCGGCUGCGAUGUUUCUCGGGGUGUGGAUGAAGUUCUCAUCUUCGCUGAAUGUGUGCUGCAUUUAACGAGGGUGGCAUGUAAAUAAACAAUCGGCUUGUCUACUGGUCAAAGACCAUGUCAAUCAGAUUGACCCGGCACACUUAAAAGGAAUGCAUUAACGUGCGUGUCAAAUUCUGGUCAGCUCUGCUCGAUGCACCGAGACAAACAAAAAUCACUGUAGGAACAAUGCUGCCCACAGUUGUGUCACCAUUUACAAUUUAGAGGCGCGCGUCGCACACUGCGGCUUAAUGGCAUCAAUAUUUAAUAUAGAAAUUAUAACAGUUUGGCAAAAUUGACUUGCGUGAAUCGUUCCAAUGUCUGUUGUUUUGAAUCCGUUACUUGUGCCGAGUUAAAUUGAGUUGGAAACAUAAUUGAGCAAUACAAAGGUUUAAUUGGCUUAAAUAGGUUACUACGGUGACAUUUUAUUGCCUGCAAAAAAAUGUUUCCGAAACAAUUUAUUUCGUUACAGUCACGCUGCUGUUUAGCACUGCAAACACCAUCUCGAUAAUUGCGUAAUGGCAUUUUAAUCGGUUGUAAAUGUAUCUAUCGGGUCAUGAGAGUCACUUAUGGAUGUGGCGUCAAUUGGCGGCUGCUUUUUGGUAGGCACGCUUAGAAGAGAGCAUGCCUGAUCUCUGCAGGUCUUGGAAGCUAAGCAGGGGGUUGAGCCUGGUUGAUGAGCCUGCUUGUGUGGGGGACCGCCAGUGCUUGCCAGGUGGUGUCGGAACCUGGAAGUGCAAGAUGGCCAGCAGAGGGCAGUGUACAGCGGUGGAUCCCAUUGGCAUGUCAUAUAUUCAAUGUGCUGGACGUCUAUCUGUGGAAUGAGUCUAUCUGUGCAGAGCUUGGAGUAUUAUCUCCUCGUAUAUGUGAGUUGGAUUUCUCCAGAUCGUAUGUAUGUUGAACUUCUAUCGCACCGUUCGUAGCCAACCGUGCUAAUCGGAGGUGUAGGGGAGGACAACAAACUAAACACUCAUAAGGCGAAUUGGUCAAACAUCCCAACUGCAGCAGGAGCCUCUGCAGAGGAGUCUUGAGGCUCGGCGAGGCUGUCCCAAACAAUGAUUGAGCAUUCCACAUGGCAAGGGUGGAGCGAUGGCGCUUUGAUCGUGGCAACCCGAGUUAAAUUCUCAGCCACAGAUACUUGCAGUAUUGACAUGAACCGGUUCACCAACAGCCAGCGCUCACCAGCGUGGUGAGGUAUGGUCAAACAACCCACAUGAACGACACUGCACAGGGGAGGCAUUCAUCCAG